UGAAAAGGGAGAUUUGGGAAGGAAGGAUUUUGCUGGCAUCAUCAACCUUCGUGCGUAAACAAUACUAAACGGAUGACAGAAGGAAAUUAUUGCGAUUGGAAUAACGAAGCUGUAUGCUCUUGGAUUGAGCAGUUGGGGUUUCCGUACAAGUCUAUUUUUCAAGAAAAUUGUAUUCUUGGAAAGAGUCUUGUAUUGAUGAAUUCGAAUGAUCUACGCGACAUGGGAAUUUUGAGUAUAGGCCACCGUUUGGAUAUUUUGUCAGCUAUACAGGACUUGAAAGAAAGCCAUAAAGAACAAGCGAAAAAAGAAAAUCCUUUAUCCUUAAAGAAAACUGAUUGUCAUGAAGAUACCAACACUCAAGAAAGAGUGAAAUUAUCGCUGUUGGCUUUAGAGAAACGGAUCGACUAUUUGGAAGCGGAAAAUGCCAAGCUUGUGAAAACAAUCAAUUCACUGAAUUCUGAGUUCCUUCCUCUUUUGAGAAAGCUUGCAUUGAAUUUUAAAGAAACGAAAUUGAUCAACUCAGAUACCUGCUCUGAGAGCAGUUCCAUUUUUCAGCCCUCGCAAUCUUCUCCAACUGUGGCAGGAAGCUUUGAUUUGGAAGUAAAUGACCAAGCACCCCUUAAUGCUAGCGAAAAGAAAAAGGUUCCAAGAAUGACCAUAAACUCUUCCUACCAUGAGGUAUUAACGUCUACCUUACAAAAGUAUCACAUUGAUCCUAGCACCUGGCUUAGCUAUGAAUUAUUGCUGAGCUAUGAUGGAAAAGAACAUCCGAUUUCUACGGAUGUAAAGCCUCUCCAGUUAUUUAGAAAUUUACAAAAGCAUGGAAAAUCGCCUUCCUUUAUACUUUCUCGAAAAGCGUAAUCAUUGAACUUUUGGUAUGAUUGUUCUCUUUUGUUUUGUCCUUUUUUUUUGUAUCUCUUUCUUCUUGGAAAGAAAGUAUAAGAAGUAUGACUUUCAAUGUGAAGAAAGCAUAAAGAAAUUAAAAAUUUUUUUUUUCUAUUAACAUUAAGAUUUUACUUAUAAUAAUUCCUCACUAGAUAUACUUUUAAUGCAGAUUUUUAAUUAACAGAGAUAUAUCAAUUUUACUAUAUACAUGCAAAGGUCAUAAGGAGAAGAAAGUGAGACUGAGGCGAA